UAAUCCGGCACUUUAUAAUCCAGCACCCUCGAUAAACCAGCACAAUUUUCAGUAGCCAAAAUGUCCUCUUCAUGCACAUUGCAGCAGUAAAUCAGAUUUGUUAAUCCAGCACCCUCCCUAAUCCAGCAGAUUUUCGUGGCACAAAUGGUGCCGGAUUAUAGAGGGACCACUGUACUCUCUUAGUCUGUAGAAUAGAUCCAUAAAAAAUUAAAAAUAAUACAAUUACAAGUCUAUAAACAAGGUAAACCUGCUCCCUUGCUCUUGAGCUAGCUUGAUUGUACAAUCCGUGUAACUACUUACCGGUACUAGUACUUGACUCCUGGUCUACUCCAGCCCCCUACUGGCCUAGCUCUCGACUCGUGUCGACCGGUGUCCGUUCUUCCUGCUACAUGCGCACAUGCAGCGCGGCGCAAAAAACGGGAAAUAGUCGCUAUUGUACAGUGAGUAUAUUAUUAUUAGUAAUAGCAUGCUGCUCUUUCAACUACAUGUACUUUCAAGUUUGGAGGGCCGGUGCAGUGGAGCGUGGGCGCGGUUCAUGAGAAGCGAAAGAUUUCACUGUUCAGCUGCUCGAGGUGUGCGCAAUAAGUAAUAAUGGCGGUGCCAGAGACUGACGGCCCGGGCCCGUACAAGGGCCAUAGCGGACCAGUCAUCACCGGCUGCUGGCAGCUAUCAGCCGGGCACCACGGCCAGCUAGACAAUGACGAGACGUUUGCUGGUCUGCAGCGCCGCAUCACACUGGGCAUGUCGACACUGGACUGUGGAGAUAUCUACACCGGCGUUGAGACACUGAUUGGAAAGUUUCGCACGUCCGCGCAACACUGCACUCCGGAGAUGCGUUCCAAGAUACGUGUUCACACAAAGUUGGUGGCGGACUUCGACACGCUCAAUUCUGUCGAUGCACAAUACGUUGAGGCAACACUGCGACGUUCCAUCCGACGCCUGCGGCAGGAGGGCCCGCUGGACCUGGUGCAAUUUAGCUGGUGGGACUACAAGCAGGGUGAUUUAAUGGGUGCGUUUGAAGCGGUGGCAGCCCUGGCUAGUGGCAGUGAUGAACGGGAGCAGCUGGUGAGACAUGUGGGUCUGACCAACUUUGACACGGCAACAACACGCCGUAUACUGGACACUGGUGCUCCCGUGUUGUCGACACAGGUACAACUCUCGCUGCUGGACCGCCGUGUCAUCUCUUCUGGCCUCACGGCUCUAUGCGCAGACCGCCAAGUGGCCGUAUUUUGCUACGGCUCUCUGGCUGGAGGACUUCUUUCUGAUCGGUGGCUUGGCAAGCCAGAACCCGCAGAGUGGUCGGCACCAAUGGAUGCAGAGACACGCUCUCUGACCAAGUAUCUGCUGGUGGCACGCGAGUUUGGCACAUGGCAGCUGGUGCAGAGUCUGCUGGCGGUCUUGCGCUCCAUCGCCGACCGCUGUGUGGCUUGGGCUGACGAUGGCAGCAGCAGCAGCGCCAGUAUAGCGCAGGUUGCCGUGGCAUGGGUGUUGCAGCAGCCCGGUGUGACCUCGUGCGUUAUUGGUCUACCGCGGGGUGCUGGCAUCCCCGGCUCACAAGGAGCACAUCGCUCAGAGGAGGUUCUGGCUAGCGCUCGGAUUAAGCUCGGUGCAGCAGAUCUUGAAGCCAUUAAUGAGGUGCUGUCACAAUCAAGCGGGCCAUCGGGUGAAUUCUACGCUAUGGAGCGAGAACGGGAUGGCAGGCACGGUAAGAUUAUGCGCUACAAUCUCUCGCGUAUAGGAUGUGUUGAGCAUGCCGGGGAGCUUGUUGAAGAAUGGCAGGCGCUCAGUAAAGCACUCCAAGACAGCAAGGGGGAGACGGCUGCUGUCGAAAACCCUAGCAAGCUCUGCCGGCAGCUGCGCUGGGAAGCGUGCUACUGUCUCAAAGCAUUGUCCGAACCUCAUGCUCAGGUGGCGCCAGACAACGUAGCAUCCUUGAAGAAGCAAACGGCGGUGCGCAACUUACAAGAACUGCUGAAGUGGGUGGAGACGGCAGACGUGGAUAAACAAAGCGGAGAUUUCUGAAUCCACUCAAUGUACAUGUGCUAGCCUCUACUGUACCAACAAUAGGGACACUAGCUGCUCAUGGUCUGGACAUGUGUUGACUUCAGCUGUUACUAUGAGUACUAGUAGUAGUCGCAAAGAAGUGCGCAGCACAUCUGUAUACGACCGUGACCGAGUCGAGCGACCGAGUCGUCACAGUUCAUUUAGUAUACAGAGUACAUAUGUGUGUGAUUGUAUUGCCUGAACAUUGUAGCUCUUAUGUCUUAUUCCACAAAUGAAGCUUCUGGCUCUCAUAUGGACUGAAUAGAUAAAUUGAGUUUUACGUGAUGACCGAUCUGUAAAAGAUCCUCGUACUGAGUCGGUCAAAAACACCUUUCCAAAUGCGUGAGAUGCCAUCAUGCCGUAGUUGAGAAUCAGAUGGCAUCAUGCAGCUCCUAGAGGUGAGGGACUGUCAUAUGCACUCAAGUAUCCAUCCGAAAUUUAAUUUCCUCAUUUCCUCCCAAGGAGUUUUUGGACUAAACCAAGUACAUGUACCAUAGGCUAACGGCAAUUUGUCCAGCCUUUCAAAUGUGUUUCAUGUUCUGUGGACGAAUGUUUUGGUUGGAUGAAUUGCCUUUCUUUGGAGCUGGACAAUGCGGUUUACCGACUAAAUUUCUGCUUCAACAGAACA